AUGUCUCGCCAUCGUACCCGGCCUGGUACAUCGGCCCCGUCAUCGUCUGGAAGUUCAGCGUCCAGAAGCUCCGGUUCCACCACCGAACUUGUCUACGAUCCGCCUUCCUUUCCACUCAAUCGAACAGCCUAUUCAUUGCUUGGCGACCUCUCCCGUUCUCAGGAAACAGCAUACAAGAACCAGAUCCGCGGCUCGCUACAUGCAUUAGGUCACAGCGUUUACGAUUUGCAGGAUCGUCUCCAAACCCAACGUCAACGGUUACAACAGCUACAAACCCGCCGAGAGGAGCGUGGGAUCGUGUCUCCCGAUGAAGCUCGGCUCACUUCCCACGUUCAAAGCCUUGAACAGCAGGUAGACCGACUUACCAAUCUUGCCGAGGCUGCUGUGCGAGACGUCAUCGAUCAAAGAAUAGAGCUGGAGGAUAAUGGCGCUGUACUCGAUAAAAUCUACCAAGACGCUCCCAAUGACCAGGGUAACACAAAUGGUGCGGUAACUCGCCGGCAGCGUCGUGUCAAUGAGACUACAGGAGAGGGGGAAGAAGAGGAUGGUGAUAAUAAGGAUGAGGACGAGAUUGACCAACCACCACCGAAGAGCAUUCUGGACACAUACAGAGAAGAGCGGGUCGCGAAGAAGGAUGAUCACACCUCCAAGGACAUGUACCAGCGGUAUGGCUUGGAAAAUGACUAUAAUGCCUUCAAGAAACUAUGGCACAGUGGCAUGGCUGGCCAGGAUGGACCGCCACUCCCCGAUCCAAGCAAGUGGUUCCGUGCCGACGGGACUCCAGUCAUGGGCACAUCGAUCGAACAGCUUUCUGGAGAAAGCGCCAUGGAUGAUGACAUAGCUGUUGCUCGCGAGGUUAUCAGCCUCACCUGCCCACUAUCCCUUCGACAAUUGGAAGAACCGUACAGCAACCAUAAGUGCAAGCACACAUUCGAGAGGAGUGCUAUCCUUGAUUACCUUACGGGAUCUAGAGGCCCGCAGCAAUGCCCACAAACCGGGUGUUCACAGGUGUUUAAAAGAUCAGAUUUUGCUACAGAUUUCUACCUCGACGAAGUCAUUCUCCGCCAGAUUCAACGUGCUAAGCAGAUGAAUGAAGAAUGCGAGAUGGAUGUUGACUCUGAUGAUGAUGUUCGGGACCAGUCAGUGAUAGCUGGCCCUGAGCGUGUGAUGCGAAGGGGAGUGAAGCAGGAGUUGGCUGAUCGCUCCAAAAGAGAACCUCUUUGA